AGUCAAUUGAAUAUCAAUUGUCACAUUUAAAUAAAGAAGCUUCUCUAAAUGAAAAUGAAAAUUUUCAUUUCAAUUGUUGUUAUAUUUAGCAGUGCAAUAAGUGUUAAAGCCUUGUUUUUCCACAACCAGAAAAGCAAUUCGAUUCCAUUGGAUUUCAAUGGCGUGACGAGUUCGUUGUUUGGUGGGAAGACAGACUUUCUCGGUGGUUCACGAAAUCUCUUCAAUAACAACUACAAUUCAUAUGCUGGAAACUACAAUAGCGGUGUUCGAUCAAAUGGAUAUUUAGCACCAAGUUAUGGAAAUUCUGGUGUUGGGUGUGUUCAUUCGAGAGGCUAUAAUGACUACAAUUAUUCACCACCUUCGCAGCCAUCGUAUUCAUAUCAAUAUGCGCCAUCAUACACCUCAAGUGGUUACAAUUACCAAGCACCAGUUCAACCUAUUCAGCCUUAUUAUUCAUCUAGUGGAGCAUCUUAUGGCAGUUCAAGUGGUUAUAAUUAUCCUUCCACCUCUCAAGUCUCGUAUUCGUCUGGCUACAAUUAUCAACCACCACAACGACCUUUUUAUCCAUCUUCAGGAAUAAGCAGCAUUGAAUAUGUGACGCCUUCUGUUGAGUAUCUUCCACAAGCUCCAUCGGUUUAUACACAACCACCAAUAGUUGAAUAUUCAACUCAAUCUCCUGCUCCAGUGGUCUACACGACACCAGCGACAGUCACUUAUACAACACCAAGACCAAUUGUCGAAUAUUCAACGGCACAAGCACCAGUCGUCUAUUCGUCAGCUCCUGUUGUUUACUCCCAACCACAAAUUCAAUCAGUUCCAGUCAAUAAUGGAUACUCUUACGAAACCCAACCCAUUUCAAACUCUUGGUCAAGCUCAGGGUUGUCUGAUUCAUUUGACAAAUUUUCUGACUCAUCAUUAAGCAGUUCGGGAGGUCACGCCGGCCUCAAAAAUAUCUUCGGAUCUAUUGCACAAAUUCCAAGCAAAGCGAUUAAUGCGAAGUUAAAUGCAGUGAGCGGUGUGGUCAAUUCGAAGAUCAAAGUUCUCGAAAAUCUCUCAGGUUUAGUAUCAGGAGGAUUACACAAUUCUCAUGGAUAAACAAAUGUUCAAGACAAACUACGCGUCUCAGACAUUAUGGAAACAUCAUGACACUUAAUUUUAGACUAUGGCUUGUGGUCUGUUUACAAAGUAUUUCUGUGGGAAAAUGAAAUAAAAGUACGACAAAGAAAAAAAAUCAUAAAACAAGAGAGAGACAGAGA